GUCUUCUCUCAACAAUCUUCCAACCUAAAGAAAGCCCAUUUAAUCAAAUUAUCUCCCUUUUCUCUUCUCAACCAUGGCUGCUUCCACUAUGGCUCUCUCCUCCCCAUCAUUCGCCGGCAAGGCCGUCGAGCUCACCCCCACCGCCAACAAGGUUACCGGUGGUGGACGUGUCUCCAUGAGGAAGACCGGCUCCAGGGGUGCUUCCUCAGGUAGCCCAUGGUACGGCCCAGACAGAGUCAAGUACUUGGGCCCAUUCUCUGGUGAACCCCCGUCCUACCUUACUGGUGAAUUCCCCGGUGACUACGGGUGGGACACCGCUGGGCUUUCGGCCGAUCCGGAGACCUUCGCCAGGAACCGUGAGUUGGAGGUGAUCCACUCCAGAUGGGCCAUGCUCGGUGCUUUGGGCUGCGUUUUCCCCGAGCUCUUGUCCCGCAACGGUGUCAAGUUCGGUGAGGCCGUGUGGUUCAAGGCCGGAUCCCAAAUCUUCAGCGAGGGUGGGCUUGACUACUUGGGCAACCCUAGCUUGAUCCACGCUCAGAGCAUCUUGGCCAUCUGGGCCAGCCAAGUCAUCUUGAUGGGCGCCGUUGAGGGUUACCGUAUUGCUGGUGGGCCUCUUGGUGAGGUCACCGACCCCAUCUACCCGGGUGGUAGCUUCGACCCAUUGGGCCUUGCUGACGACCCAGAGGCCUUUGCUGAGCUCAAGGUGAAGGAGCUCAAGAACGGCAGGCUUGCUAUGUUCUCUAUGUUUGGAUUCUUUGUGCAGGCCAUCGUUACUGGAAAGGGCCCAUUGGAGAACUUGGCUGACCACCUUGCUGACCCAGUCAACAACAAUGCCUGGGCCUACGCCACCAACUUCGUCCCUGGAAAGUGAGUCACUAGGAAAGGAAGAGUGUACCGAGUGAUUGUCCAUAUGGAUGAGUUUCUUUCCUUUUGGAUUAUGUAAAUUUGAUGGGUAUUAAUGAAGAACAUAUGGUGAAUUUUGUGUGCUAA